UGCCUGCGAUGGGGGCAGGGGACCUGCGGGGCACAGCCCUUUGCAGCUGAUGCUGCCGUGUCUUUAGGACCCAGAGCCAUCGCUUUCCCAUCGCUUCCCCUUUUUUUUUUUAUCCGCCUCUCCUCUCCCCGCGUGUGUGCUCGUGUGUGUGUGUGUGUGUGUGUGAAGGACCCUCCUGGUUACUGCUGUUGUUAUUCCCCCUCGGCAGGGAGACCACCCGAGCCAUGGCUGAGAGGAAGCAGAACGGGCGGCAGGGCGAGGAAGAAGAGGUGCCAGCCUUCUUCAAAAACCUGGGCUCGGGCAGCCCCAAGCCCCGGCAGAAAUUCUGUGGCAUGUUCUGCCCGGUGGAAGGUUCCCUGGAGAACAAGACCAUCGACUUCGACUCGCUCUCGGUGGGCCGAGGAUCCAACAAAGUCGUGGCAAAGCAGAAGGAUGUUGCCCACCUGGGUCCGGAUGCUCCGUCCGUGUAUUCCAGGCAGAGCGGGAAGGGAGGGGAACCAUCUGUUGAUUUCGGGAGAAAGGUGGAGAUCAGGAGUGCCACGGGGAAGGAGGCGCUGCAGAACCUGAAUGACAAGAGCGAUCGUCUCUUGAUCAAAGGUGGUAAAAUAGUUAAUGACGACCAGUCUUUUUAUGCAGACAUUUACAUGGAGGAUGGGUUGAUAAAGCAAAUCGGGGAGAACCUGAUUGUGCCCGGGGGGGUGAAGACCAUCGAAGCCCACGGCAGGAUGGUGAUUCCCGGCGGCAUCGACGUCCACACCCGCUUCCAGAUGCCGGAGCAGGGCAUGACGUCUGCUGAUGACUUCUUCCAAGGGACCAAGGCUGCCCUGGCUGGGGGCACCACCAUGAUCAUUGACCACGUGGUUCCCGAGCCAGGGACCAGUUUGCUGACAGCAUUUGACCAGUGGAGAGAAUGGGCAGACAGCAAAUCCUGCUGUGACUACUCCCUGCACGUGGAUAUCACUGAGUGGCAUAAAGGUGUCCAGGAGGAGAUGGAAGCUCUGGUUAAAGAUCAUGGUGUGAACUCCUUCUUGGUGUACAUGGCUUUCAAAGAUCGCUUCCAGCUCAGUGACUCUCAGAUCUACGAGGUCCUGAGUGUGAUCCGGGAUAUUGGCGCGACAGCCCAAGUGCACGCCGAGAACGGUGACAUCAUUGCCGAGGAGCAGCAAAGGAUCCUGGAACUGGGAAUCACAGGCCCUGAAGGGCACGUGCUGAGCAGACCUGAGGAGGUGGAGGCAGAGGCUGUGAACAGGGCAAUCACCAUCGCCAACCAGACCAACUGCCCCCUCUACAUCACCAAGGUGAUGAGCAAAAGCGCCGCUGAUGUCAUUGCUCAGGCCAGGAAAAAGGGCACUGUGGUGUAUGGAGAACCCAUCACAGCCAGCCUGGGGACUGAUGGAUCCCAUUACUGGAGCAAGAACUGGGCAAAGGCAGCAGCUUUUGUUACAUCCCCACCACUGAGUCCUGACCCAACCACUCCUGAUUUUCUCAACUCACUACUGUCCUGUGGAGACCUCCAAGUGACUGGCAGUGCCCACUGCACCUUCAACACUGCUCAGAAAGCUGUUGGGAAGGACAACUUCACCCUGAUCCCCGAGGGAACCAAUGGGACUGAAGAGAGGAUGUCCAUCAUCUGGGAUAAGGCCGUGGUGACUGGCAAGAUGGAUGAGAACCAGUUUGUGGCUGUGACCAGCACAAAUGCAGCCAAAAUCUUCAACCUGUACCCGCGGAAGGGCCGCAUCGCCGUGGGCUCCGACGCCGACCUGGUCAUCUGGGACCCCGACAGUGUCAAGACAAUCUCUGCCAAGACCCACAACAUAGUAAGGACAUCUCCUGCACUGUCCUGCUGCUCCUUUCCUCCCCUCUUCUUCAGUGCCAGGCUGUGCUGCCAAAAACUAGAGCUUGUGACAGCUCAGGGCUUGUUC